GAUGAUGUCCAACUUAUGGUGGACACUGGUUUAGAAGCCUAUAGAUUUUCCAUCUCAUGGUCCAGACUUAUUCCAAAUGGAAGAGGACCUGUUAAUCCAAAGGGUCUACAGUACUACAACAAUCUUAUCAAUGAACUAAUCAGCAAUGGAAUCCAACCUCAUGUUACAUUACACCACAGUGAUCUCCCACAGGCACUGGAAGACGAGUAUAGAGGAUGGCUUAAUCGAAAUAUUGUGUAUGACUUCACGGCAUAUGCUGAUGUCUGCUUCAGGAAGUUUGGUGAUAGAGUGUUACAUUGGACUACCAUGAAUGAGGGAAAUGUGUUUGCUGUUGGGGGUUACAACAAUGGAAGUCUACCACCUCAGCAUUGUUCUCUUCCGUUUGGAGUUAACUGCACCAGAGGCAACUCCUCAACUGAGCCAUACUUGGCAAGUCAUAAUAUCUUAUUGGCGCACACAUCAGCUGCUAGAUUGUAUAAGGAAAAGUACCAGGACAAGCAGCAUGGAUUUAUAGGAAUCAAUCUUCUUGCUUUCUGGUUUAUUCCUCUAACAAACAAAACUGAAGAUGCAAUUGCCACUCAAAGAGCCAAGGACUUCCUGAUUGGCUAUGAUGAUCUGCUUGGCAUUGCAGGCUCAAGACUUCCAGUCUUCACCAAUCUUGAAUCAAAUCAGGUUAAGGGUUCAUUUGACUUGCUAGGAUUAAAUUACUACUUUGGGUUGUACAUCAAGGACAAUUCCAGCAAACUAAGCAUGGAGGUCAGAGACUUUUUUACAGACAUGGCAAUAGAGGUCUCAGCUUGUUUGACUCAGUUUCCAAUUGUGCCUUCGGCUUUGCAAGAACUGUUGCAGUAUUUCAAGCAAGCUUAUGGAAAUCCUCCUAUUUACAUUCACGAGAGCGGUCAGAGAACACGACGCAUUUCAUCAUUGGAAGAUGAGCAAAGGGUGAACUACUUGCAUGGACAUAUUGGGGCUUUGCUUGAUGCACUGAGGAAUGGAUCAAAUGCAAGAGGCUAUUUUCAAUGGGCCCUCUUGGAUGUAUUAGAAUUGUUGGAUGGCUAUGUAUCAAGCUAUCGCCUUUACUACGUAGACUUGGAUGACCCAGAUUUAAAAAGGCAACCAAAGCUUUCUGCUCACUGGUACUCCCAUUUCUUGAAAAGCAAAGGUGUCAGCUCAGAUGGGUUUCUCAAACUCGAGAAGAAUUUGACUGCACUUUCCCAUGAUCACUUCUCUCAGUAGAUCCUGUCAUUCAUCGAUGCAUAUUUACACGAUGGUCCACGUGGUGUGUUCUGUUUUUUGUUUUCUGGAAGUAUAUUUUUUACUAGAAUGCUAAUUUACUGCCUUUGUUUUUGUAUUUUUUAAUCAAAACAUAUAAUACAAAUAUACAAUAUCCUUUAA